CCUGGAGACAUCUACAGAGCCAUCACCAGCACACUGAAGGCUCUUCUGAAAGACAAAAGUCUGACUUUCCAGAAGAGCAGGUGGUAUGGUGAUGAUCUCUGUCCUGCUGCCUGGGACUACGUAUUCAGCCUGGACCUUCUCUGUGCACAACUGGGCUGGAUUUGGACCGUCUCCCAUGUUAUACGGGCGACUUGGCCAAAAUGGCCUUAAGGAGAACGUGGCAGCAUCAGUUGAGGAUCUGGUGAAAAGUGUAAAUGAGUUCAGGGGGCAAAAAGAUUUGCCGUGGGAGCUGCAGCUCGCAGUGGUUUAUGCCACUCAUGAUCUGGCACCCAGCAACCCCAAAGUCGCUCUGAACGCUUUGGAGUCGUGGAGAAAAGACCUCACAAAGCCCGUUCCUCCAGCCGUCACCAAGUGCCUGAAGCAGAUCAGCUUCCUCUGUUCUCACAUAAAGACAAAAAAAAUGAUCACAUUAAAUAAUGUUUAAUAGAUUAAAUUUUUUAUAU